AUGUCAGGAACAGCAAGGACUGGCUGCUCCCUGCAGGACAGGGAGCUGAGGAUAUGCUGCACCAUAGCUGAGAAAGGUGAGCAGGGCAGGCCUCGCGAGCAGCCAGGUUCAACCAAGAGUCCAGAUGAACAAGCAGCUUUAUGGUGUCACACCAAGCCAGGAUCAGACUUAACGACAGAAAGCAGUCAGACAGCCAGCCCCCGGUACCGCGGCCUCUUCCAGCACCUGGGCCGCCUGGAGGGCGGGCUCCGCUUCCUGGUGGAGCUCAGGGGCGACCUGAUGGAGGGGCUGGCGACCAAGGCGGUGGAUGGGCCUCAUGUCAAGGAAAUGAAUGGAGUUCUGAAGAACAUGCUUUCAGAGUGGUUCUCCACAGGAUUCCUAAACUUGGAACGAGUCACUUGGCAAUCACCUUGUGAGGUGCUCCAGAAAAUUAGUGAUUCGGAAGCUGUGCAUCCUGUUAGAAACUGGGUUGACAUGAAGCGUCGAGUUGGGUCAUAUAGAAGAUGCUACUUUUUCUCUCACUGUGCAAUCCCAGGAGAGCCACUGAUAGUCUUGCAUGUUGCACUGACCAGUGAUAUCUCCAGCAGCAUCCAGGCCAUAGUGAAAGAAGUGCCACCUUUAGAAACAGAAGAUGCAGAUAAAAUUACAACAGCAAUUUUCUACUCAAUCAGUUUGACUCAGCCAGGACUGCAAGGUGUGGAACUUGGGACUUACCUCAUCAAACGGGUUGUAAAAGAGCUGCAGAAAGAACUUCCUCAGAUCAAAGUUUUUUCUACUCUGUCACCUAUCCCAGGAUUCACAAAAUGGCUUGUUGGUCUCCUCUCCACACAAACAAAAGAACUGGAAAGAAAUGAACUUUUUACAGAAUCAGAAUGGCAAGAAAUUUCUGAGAUCACAGGAGACUCUACUGCUGAAACACUGAAGAAACUCUUAAACAACAACGAGUGGGUGAGAUCAGAAAAAUUAGUGAAAGUGCUGCAUUCACCAUUCAUGAAACUCUGUGCCUGGUAUUUGUAUGGAGAGAAACAUCGUGGCUAUGCUCUUAAUCCAGUAGCAAAUUUUCAUCUUCAGAAUGGUUCUGUGAUGUGGCGGAUAAACUGGAUGGGGGACACCAGCCCUCGGGGCAUCGCGGCUUCCUGCGGCAUGAUGGUCAACUACCGGUACUUCCUGGAGGACACAGCCAGCAACAGUGCUGCUUACCUGGGCUCUAAGCAAAUUAAAGCCUCAGAGCAGGUUCUUUCCUUGGUGUCUCAGUUCCAGCAAAAUAGCAAGCUUUAAUUAAAUACUAUGAAAACUAAGAGCAAGUGUUCCUCACCUAUAAAGAGCUGUGAUACUUCAAAGUGUCUAUAUUUAAACGAGA